GUUUGCAUAAAUCGGAUAACCUGCUUUCUAGUUGAAGGUUAAUAGCUCUCGAUUUCUUUUUAAUUUUUGAAUGCGGAGACGUUUCGGGAAAUUUCUGCGAUCUCGAUUUAACGAAAACAACAAUAGACUGACCCAAUUAGACGUAGAAAUCCAAGCGCAGCAGCAUCGUUCGGAAUGCAAAUGCGGCAAUACAAGUUGCGACUUAGUUGAAAUUGAGGAUAGGAUAAGGUAUUCGGUGUUUGCAGAUUUGCUGUAUUGGGAUUCGGCGGAUGGCAGGAAUGUGGAGAAACGGGAUGAGAACAUCGAGAGCAGCGGAGAGAAGACGUGCCACUGCGUAGGUCCGGCAUGCAUGUGCUGCGUCGACUUCAACAUUACCUUCGUGGAUCUAGGAGGUCCAGGUUGCGUGCACAUGAAAUACCUGUCGCAGGAUGAGGGUCUAAGGGUGAACGUAUCUUAUGGGAAAAGCUUGUUGCACAGCGAGCAGGUGAAAGGGCCCAAGCCGGAGCCGACGUGCAUGUCGCUCCUUGCGAAUUUGGCGGAAGUGUGCGCCCGAUUUUCCAGCCUCGAACCGCACAAUGAUGGAUUGAAGGGCUGCCUCCAAUUAGAGCCGAAACUUUUGGGUGAUAUACAGACCCAAUUUAACAUUGGUUGCUUCACUAUGGGGCCGACCGGUAUGAAGCUUGACGAGGCGGCCGACCAGCCCAUCAAUAACGAUAAAACCAAUACGACCCUGAAUGGCCUCAGCGAGGAGGAGAUCAUCGAGGCUGUGAACCAGUCCGCACAACAAGGGCUCGCCUUCUUCGGGAACUUAUUUGGUUUGGCCUUCGGCAAGCAGGAAGCGAAUGCGACCCAAACUACGGAAGACGAUCAAACUUCGGCUUAGUUUAAAAUUCAUAUGGAACACUAGUUAGGACGCACCACCAUUCUC